AUGAAACUAUCUUUAUUAUAUUUAAGUGUGUUUGUGUCUCCUGCACUGCUGUCCUGCACUUUGGCAAGUUCUGCUGCACACAGGUGUUUCUGCAAGCUCACAGGGAGUCUGGACGACUGCACAUGCGACGUGGAAACGAUCGACGGCUUCAACAACGACGAGCUUUUCCCCAAACUGGAGACGCUCCUCUCGUCUGAUUAUUUCAGGUUCUAUAAGGUGAACCUGAAUAAUCCGUGUCCGUUCUGGACGGACAGCGGUCACUGUGGGCUGAGAGACUGCGCCGUUCGACCAUGUACACCGAAUGAAGUACCAGAGGGGCUCAAAUCCAGCAGCUACAAGUAUUCGGUCGAGGCGAACCUGCUCACGGACGAGUGCGAGAUGGCCGAGAAGCUCGGAGCCGUCAACAACUCGCUCAGUGAUGAAACCCGCCGGGCUCUGCUGGAGUGGAACCGACACGACGACGAGGCCGAACGCUUCUGCAUGCACGACGAUGAAGAUGCUCCGGACGCGCAGUACGUGGAUCUGCUCCUGAACCCCGAGAGAUACACCGGCUAUAAAGGUCCCGAAGCCUGGCAGAUCUGGAACAGCAUCUACGAAGAGAACUGCUUCAAACCGUAUUCGGUGAAGCGGCCGCUCAACCCUCUGGUGUCCAGUGCUGGUGAUGAGUUUUGCGUUUCAGGACGGGGGUUUUACCGCUGGCUGGAGGGGCUGUGUGUGGAGAAGAGAGCGUUCUACAGGCUGGUGUCUGGACUCCACAGCAGUAUAAACGUCCACCUGAGCGCCAGGUACCUGCUGGACGAUAACUGGUUUGAGAGGAAGUGGGGUCCGAACGUGACCGAGUUCCAGCUGAGGUUCGACGAGGAACUGACCGAAGGCGAAGGGCCGAAGCGAUUGCGCAACCUCUACUUCCUGUACCUGAUCGAGCUCAGAGCGCUGGCGAAGGUCCUUCCUUUCUUCCAGCGUCCGUCCGUCCACCUGUACACGGGCCGGCCGGACCGGGACCGGGAGAAUAAAGAGCUGCUGCUGGAGCUUCUCCACACGGCCAGGUCGUUUCCGCUGCAUUUUGAUGAAGCCGCGCUGUUCGCUGGAGACAUGAAAGAAGCAGCCAAGCUGAAACACGACUUCAGACUGACGUUCAAGAACAUCUCCAGGAUCAUGGACUGCGUGGGAUGCUUCAAGUGUCGACUCUGGGGCAAACUCCAGACGCAGGGUUUGGGCACGGCUCUGAAGAUCCUGUUCUCGGAGAAGCAGAUCGAAGCGCUUCCUCGGGCCGGCGGCGACGCCCACCCGGCGUUCCAGCUCAACCGGCAGGAGAUCGUCUCGCUCCUCAACGCCUUCGGGAGAGUCUCUACGAGCAUCAGAGAACUGAAGAACUUCAAGAACCUGCUAACAAAGCUCAACCAAUAAAGAAAGUUCACACCCAUACUGGUACCA